GGGCUGACAUUGAAUUUAUUUUAUGAUUUGAAGGUACUAUUCCAGUAUUUUUUUGAGCGACAGUGUUUGUUGAAGUGCAUUAGGCGUUUAUUUGUGAAUUCCUUUAGCGUGAGCAGCAUGUCUCAGUCAAGCGGUGCAAUUAAAGGGCAGGCUCUGCAGUUGAUUCAUGAUGGGUUGGAAAUAAAGAUGUUAUCAGUCCUUAAGGAUCUGCUUUCAUCUGGACCUUUUGAAAAAUUUCUUCAGGAUGUUGAAUUGGUUGGACUUUGGGUGGAUGAAACUAUUAUUGAAGAUAACCUGGUUUUGGAUUUUUUAUUCCUGGCUUACUAUGAUAAUUUUUGUGUCUGCAAUGCUGUGCAAUGGAUGAGCUUAUGCUCGUUAUUCAAGGAUAUACUAGGAGGUGCCUAUAACAUUGAAAACUUGGCUGUUUCAGUCGAAUCGAGAGCUUCAUUUUCUCAUGCUAAAGCUCAGCUGCUUUUCAUUCUUAUUGAAACUUUAGAUCUAGAAAAUCUUCUUCGCAUGGUUCAUGAUGAAGUGUCUAUCAGUGAAGGUGGUUUUAUCUUUUCCAUGCAAGAUGUUCAGGAAAUGGAUUUUCUCGUUUCCACCUUUUCUGGGUUGGGAACGUUUGAAGCUGGGCCUUUGUUUCUUGCGUGGGCAGUUUUCAUCUGUUUGCUAUCGUCACUUCCCGAUUUAAAAAAUGAAAGCAUUCUCAUGGAAAUUGACCAUGCUGAUUAUGCCCGUCAAGCCUUUGAGGUUGGAACAUGCAACUAUUUGCUCGAAGUUCUUCGUAGUGAUUGUUUGAGGGAUUCAGAUGGUCCAGUUUCUGGUUUUUUGAACAUUUUGAGAACAUUCGUCUCUGCAUUUAUAGCUUCCUAUGAACUUAAUCAUCAGCCAGAAGAAAACAUACUGAGGUUGAUUUUGGAAAUACUUCGUGAAAUUUUCAAGGGGGAGGAAUCCCUUUCUAUUCAAUUCUGGGACAGAGAUAGUUUUGUUGAUGGUCCAAUUCGAUCUUUGCUCUAUAUGUUGGAAACUGAAUACCCAUAUCACAUAAUUGAACUUCUUCAUUUACUAUCAGCUCUUUGCAAUGGUUCCUGGUCUUCAGAGUGUGUGUACUGUGCACAUUCAGGAGUUUAUCUUUUAGUUUUGCGUGUAGCUCAAAUGUCUCAUUCAAAUGGGCAUGAUGAAGUAAACCUUAUUCUUAGCCUACUUCAUAGGCUGGUUUCAUCUAAUGCGGCUCUGUGUUUUAAUUUAUUGCAUUUGGAUGAAUCCCUGUAUACCAAAGCAGCUCGAAAUAAUGGGCUUAUUGAACAAAAUCUUUGCAUUGAUGUAGUGAGGUUUAUCAGCUCUUUGACUGUUCAUUUUAUUGAGGAUGGUGGACAUGGAAGUAAUAUUGCAAUAUGCCUCAAUAUUUUGGCGCAAAUGUUGCAGUGUGCACCUUCUCACGUAAUUGAUAUGGUGUUGAGUUCAAAUAUAUUUGGUACAACAUAUGUUGUGUCACCAAGUGAUGCAUGGCUACUAUCUGGUGGACUUUCUGAAAUGCUUUUAGUUGGCCAUUCGGAGGAAAGUGGAUGCUUUUUGUUGACAGCAUCAGUGCUUGAUCUAACCGUCCAUCUUAUUGAGAAAGGCACGGGGGAUACAGUAGUUUGUGCACUUGCUGUAUUUUCUCUGCGAUACUUCUUUGUUAGCCACAUGCAUAUGAUGUACAAACUGAAGUAUGGGCAGUGGAAAGUAAUUUUGAAGGUUUUAGAUGUGGUGAGAAGUUGUAUUAAAGGUGCCAGAGGCUGUCACAAGCUUGGCUCCAUGAUCCGGGACAUUUUAAAUUUGGACUCCUUCAUUCUUAAUAGCUUAUGUCAGCUUUUGUAUGUAUCAGAGCAAGCAAUGGAGAAAUCAAGUCGAACCCACUGGUAUGGCUUGAAGGAAACUGAAGACUUGCAAGAGGUUGCCUGCUCUGCAUUGGACAUUUUCUAUUAUUUGUUGGCUGAUCUGUUAAAGGGAACUUUUAUAGCUUCACCACCCUUUGUUCAAAUAAUACUUCCUUCUUCAAGCAAGACUGUUUCAGUUUUCGGUGCCACAUUAUCAUUGAUGAGUUUAUUUUCAAAUCCAGCAGUUCAAGUGGCUGCAACCAAAGUUCUUUCUAUGCUGUGUGUUAUAGCAUCAAGACUUCAACCGUAUUCAUUAGAGAAUGUUACCCUUGCUGAUGCUGUGCAGAUUAGUGAUUUAACUGCUACGAUCUGCCGCAUUUUAGAUGAGGAACCAUGCAAAAGAAAGGAUUUGCUGAUCUCUCUACUCGAUUUUCUUGUUUCUGCUGCUUGCUUUCAGCCAUCUCUCCUGGUGUCCAUAAUUUCAUCACAUGUAGCGGAAGAAAGCUUAGGAGUAAAUGCUGGGCAUGUUAAUAACAAGCUCGCUCAAGCACUUCUUGUCAACCAAAUAAAUUCUGGAAGGAGAAGUGCCAUUGAUUCAGUCCUGAAAUAUGUGAAUAGAUCUGAACUUCUUUUUAAUAGUGAUCCUCGUAUAUUGAUGAGCACUCUUAAUUUCUUGAAGUCGUUAUGGGAUGGUGGUGUUCCGUAUAUGGAUACUUUAGACAAAGUUAGAAAGUCUGCUAGGUUCUGGGAGCACUUAUCAUCUGUACUUGCCCAAAGACUAAACUUUGAUCACCCUCUAAAUGAUCUGAGCGUUGCUGACAUUCAGCAUGCCACAUAUAGGUACCGUUGUCAGGGAAUUGUCUUAGAAAUCAUGGCACGGGAACUUUUUUCGCAGGAAAAGGAAUAUAAGAAUGAGAUAUAUGGAACACAUGAUUCAAACAAUAGCUCAAAAGGACAUGCUAAAAAUAGAUUGAUCUUUGAAGCUUCGCAAUCUUUGAUUAAUGAUAUCUUAUCAAACUGGAAUGAAGGCUCCAUAAUGGACAAUCUUAUGAAAUCAUAUUCUUUGGGUGGAUAUGAUACAAGAAUCGUUUCUCAUGCUAAGAUGGCUGCUUGUAUAUUAAUUGUGCGUCUGAUGCUUACACUGUCAGAUGGUAGUGCAGAAUGCCUAUCGGUGCCACUGAUUGGGAGGAUUCGCUUGAUUCAAGACAAGUUGAGGCAAAAUCCUUCGUUUUCUGCCCUUCUUGAACAAUACUCGUUUCAAGGCUAUAGUGAUGGAAAGAAAGUGAGCAGUCUCGUGCUCCAUGAUCUUUAUUACCAUCUACAGGGAGAGCUGGAGGGCCGAUUUAUUGCUCCAGGUCAUUUUCAGGAGCUCUCUGCUUUCCUUCUUAAUUUUGAAAAUUUCCAGUGUAAAGAAAGCACUAAUGAAAAGGAUUUGUGGAGCACUGAUGUUAUGAUGUAUGACAUCUCAAACAUAAGGGCUGAGCUAGGAAUUGAUUUGUGGGAUAAAUCAGAGUGGAAGACAGCUAAAGAAAUCGGAGAGAGAAUGUUGUCUUACAUGCAUACAUCAAAUUUGAUGUUAUCCUUAGCAGACACCAAGAAUUUUGCUCUGAAAGCUUUGAUUUCUAUUAUGUCAUUCCAUCAUGAAAAGGUGCUCAAAUCAAAAUCGACAAUAACUAGCCAUGGAAUCUCCGAUGCAUUCAUAGAACGGAGUAUUAUAAAUAUUUGCAGAUGCAUACAGUCUACAGAAGAUUCGCUUGUUCCACUUCUAAACCCUUCUGAGAAGCUGUUAGAACUGCUUACAGCACAAGCAGAAAUGUUGCUUGUUCUCUCCAGAAUCUUAUUCAUGCAACAUUCUCUAAGAAACAACAAGAAGCAGCUCUUUUCUGUUUCAAUAAGUCUGAUAAGAACAUCUGGCUCAUGUUUCAAGUCACUUGCUAUGGGCAGGCUGUCUACUAAGCUCAACAAAGCGGUUAAAUUCUUUCUCAUGGUGCUUCUGAUGUCUAUGGAAUUCAAUAAUCCUGGCGAAUCCACAAAUGAUGACUCUGGUUUAGAUAACAAUCAGCUUGCUGAAACAUCUCUCGCAAUUGUGGGACUAUUACCUGUACUUUGCAAGUAUGUUGAACGCAUUGAAUGUUUCGAUCAAUCAGUUGCAUCAAUGGACUUGAUGCUCAGAAGUUUUUUGAUGCCUGAUAUUUGGUUGCCAAUUCUACAAGAGAAUCUUCCUUUGAAACAUCUUAUCCAAAUUACACGUCAAAGAAUCUCUCUAUCUUCAGUUACAAUAGCCUUGAAUUUCUUGUUAACUUUGGCACAACCAAAAGGUGGUGCUGAGAUGCUUCAUUCGGUCAAUCUUUUCCCUUCCCUGCAGAUUUUAUUCAAACAUCUGGUGGAUGAAACGAAACCUAAUGCUGAUGUGGGUUGUUUCUCCACUAACUAUGGCAAAAAUAACAUGCAUGCACACCUAUUGUGUUUCACAUUUGCAAUAAUCUCCUCAGUAUGUCAUUCUCUGCGUGAUGAUUCUUCUUUUAUUGAUAUUUUUGGCAGUGCUAUUCACAACUUCUUUGCUGAUAAGGACAAUAUGAUUUCACUAUGUUUUACUACACCUAACUUUCCAUCUGAUGUUCAAAGUUAUAAGACAAUUCGAAAUCAGGAUCCACAGACAUCAUUGGCAUCUCUCAAGCUUUCUGAGCAUGCUCUGUUGCUCAUUUGUUUGCUGACUAGACAUCGAAACUAUAGGAGGAAAGGCAUGAAAGAAAUAGAAUUUGAAGUAAGGCAGAAGAGCAUUCAUUUUCUGGCAUUUAUAAGCAAGGAAACACAGCAUGUUGGAGACCUAUCUAAUAGAAUGAUUCCUCUUUUUUGUUUGCCAACUCUAAAAGAGGAGCAUGAGUUAAAUGAGAAGCCCUCUUUUAUUGGCAGUAAACAUGGAUGGUUUGUGGUUUCUGCCCUUGCUGUAUCAUCUAAAAAUAAAGCCACCAGUUCAUUAAGCACAGGAUUGCCACUUGUAACUAAGGAUUAUGUAAAUGGAUGUGCUCAAGCUAAGCCAACAUAUUUUUCUGAUGUCGUGGCUAUACAAAUCUAUAGGAUAACAUUUCUUCUUCUGACAUAUCUGUGCAUGCAAGCUAAAGCUGCUGCUGAAAGGGCGGAGGAGGUUGGAUAUAUUGAUCUUGAACGUUUCCCUGAUCUUCCCAUGCCUGAGAUAUUACAUGGCCUACAGGACCAAGCAAUCGCUGUUGUUGUAGAUGUGUGUGAAGCAAAAAGUUCAGCUAUUCCUGUAGAAACUGAGGGUGUAUGCCUUCUAAUGUUACAGAUAUUGGAGAAAUCAUUAUAUUUGGAGUUUUGUGUGACGCAGUCAUGUGGUAUCAGGCCUGUACUUGGACGUAUUGAGGAUGUUUCCAAAGAACUUAAAUCCUUGAUACAAGUUGUCAAGCAGCAUAAAAAUCUCAAAUCAUCACUUGCUUCGCUGAGGCAGAUUCUAACACUUGUAUACCCGGGACUAAUGCAAACGAGCAAUCUUCUGUAAGAAAUGUAAAAUAUCCUCAACCCAGACCACCCUACACUUAUUGGCUUUUACCUCUCGUAUUCCUUUCUCUAUUGCAUGAUAUGUGCCUCAGAUAGUCAGAUGAUGAAUGAAUGGGAUUCAGUUGCCGAUUUCAACCAUUUUCUUUCUUAAAUCCAUCAACUUAUGUAGGAUCUUCCGUGCAAAGAAUGUAAGUUUUUUGGUCUUCAUAAUUUGAGAAAGCUGACAAUACUAAGUAUUUAAGGCUUCAUUUGGGACAGUUUUUUAACUACUUCAUAAAGUAGUUGUUUAGUACAAAAAUUAAAAUUUUUACACUAAAUUGCUGCUUUAAGAAGCAGAAAGAAAGUCGUCCCAAACGAAGCCUAUAUUUUAUUCAAUAUGCUAUGAAAGGAAAGUUUUUUUUUUAUUAUUUGUAAGGUUUGGGCUGGUUAAUGAUCUGAUAUUGUGUGUUAUUGACUGCUAAUUUAUGUGAGUUUCCAUUUAGGGAUGCUAGCAAUCUAGUCAGGGCUAAACUGAAGUGAAUAUACUAUGAUAUAAUUGGCUAUUUUCUUACAUAUUUUGCUUUUGGCUGUCGUUAUUGCUUCAAAAAUGUAAAUAUUUAUUUGUAAACAUGCCUAAAUUAAGCAGAAGACUAUGUUCUAGCUUGAAUUGAGCUGUAUUCAGUUAGAAAAAAGGAUCAAAUGCUGGGUUUAUUGAA